AAAAAUCAAUUCCACGACUGUCUACAAACAGGGUUUAUCAGUAUUCUGAAUACAAACCUUGUUCUAAUCACUGUUCUCUUCGUACAAACUUAAAGCUCCGCCCACAGCUUCGUGAUCAGUAACACGGUUGCCAUUAUCGUCAAAGCGUGUUUUGAUCUUGUGUGCGCGCGCGGAUAUUAUUACAACACAAAAAGCAAGUUAACUACAACGCGGUUCCGUCUGUAGUGUGUUUAUUUACUGUCCUUGACAGCAUGUAAACUUAGCGCACAGUUUCUUCGAGCCAGUUCCGACUCAACUUGAUAUUGUACACCCAGGUCACACUUUAACCACACAGGUAUAGGUUGCAUAUAUCACCGGUAAAUCGGCCUUGCUUUAGAUGAUAAGAAAUGGACAUUCGUUAUCUGUUUAAUCGUAUUACAGGCUGAACAACCUUACUCUGUGGCGUCAUAAUGUCGAAGUUCGAGUGGGAGGUGACCCAGGCCCGUUUCCAGUCGGCUAUGGACCGGUUGGGGUCCGUCAUUGAGGAGUACACCUCCUUCCAGUCAGCGCUGGAGGCGGAGGAGAACUUUUUAUCCAAGAGGCGGGCACGACUUCAGCAGGUCCGCGCUCAUUUUGCCGCCAUUGCCCACAAAGUCGCAGACACUAGACGAGAUCUGGAGUUACUAAGGCGAAAGACAGUUGAAGAGGAAGCGACAGCGGUGGAAUUUGAGAGACGACUCUCCCAACGGUUCGGUCCGCUCAGAGGAUCCUGGUAAUCUGCACAGAGGCAUACAAUAAUUGAGAUAACUUUCGGACCUGUACGUUCGUGGUAAUCCCUGGAUUUUCCACAUGUUAAACUCCUGAUGACAACGUUCUGACAAAAUCCUGACAAAUAUCACCAUUAUUCAUUUUUUUCACGAAGAACUGUUUUAAAAGUUGACGGCUUGUUGUUAUGUGCAUAGCUACCAAAAGACAAUACAAAACAAAAGCAAACAAGUAAGCAUUUGAAAGAAUAAAUCAAAGCAAGAGUAGCGUUACCUUUCACUGCUUAUGCCGCUGUUAAUUUUGACGAUAGUAAACAGUUUGAGCUCUUGUGGUAAAAGAGAAAAUGACUCUAGGCCUAUAGAAUGAACAAGAAUAUAAAUAAAUUGAAACAAUUUAAAUUUAGUCUGAAAAUUUCGCUCAUUCUUGUUUAGACUGUGAGUGUCAGAAAUAAUUUCAGUCCCUACAUAUGCCUCUGUACCCCUUUUUCAUUUGUGUAUAACGUACCGGUAACUAUGUUUCUUGUAUGUUGUCAAGCGUGAUCAUCCUUCGUUUAUCGCCCCUCUGCAUAAUUAAGUAUGUUGCAAUAUGGUGUUGGCACCAUGUUUUCAAUAUUGAAUGGAAUACUGAAUGAAUUAGCAUCAUUCAUGAGAAACAAAACGGAAAAAUACGGCAGGUGUUCCGUUGUCAUAUGAACAAUGGACGACCGGAAACGAUGCUACACUUUAGCCGUGAGCCGAUAUCUCUUCUGGCGUCAGCCGCGCUGUAUUACCCACGUAUAAAAUACGUCGUCAUAUUAAUACCAGUCAUCGGACUGAAUAAAAUAUUCAGUGUAAUGGUUCUCUGCCUUGUCUUUGAUGAUGAAUGAGUCACAUGCUUCUAUUUUUGUCACCUUGAGUUUGAUAUGAUGCUGACAACGCACUUCACACCACAACUGAUGAAGUGAAGAAUGCUAAAGCUUUACAUGAUGUGAAAACAAGCUACAUUGGGGUAAAAUUGAAUACUUGUCACUGUACUACUUAUGAUUCAAAAGAGCAGUUGUAAGAUUUUUUCCUCCAAAGGCACGUGUAACUACAUGUAACCCCUCUGUACGCCGUUUUCAUCUUGGAUUUGUGUGCAAGUUUAUUCCACACGCACGCAACAAGCAAACGCGACUGUCAUGGAGAAAUGAGUGCCAUGGAGACCAUAACGCGCUGUUCGAAAUAGUCGCAACCGCACGCUAGUGAUAACACUACAUCGCCGAGAAGAAAUCCAUCCCAAGGUUUCUCCUCAAUCUACUCAGAGCUGAAUCAAAAGCAGACGAUGGGUCAAGACGUCAUGCCUUUGGGCAUUGCCGGCCCAGGGUUAUCUUCCACUCUACCCCAGCGGGAGCGGGUGUUUCUCCGCGGUCUCUACUCGGACGUCGAGGCCCGGCUCGGCCGCGUAGACUCGGGAAUUGAGGCGUUACGACGCAGGGUCCGGGACUUCGACGGCGUGCUGGACGGCCAGAUACGGCGCUGUGAGUCCGCCGAGGAUCGGGUCAGAUCCCUCCGCGAGGACUUCUCCCGUAUGGACCGUCAGAUCUCGGAGAUGUCUGCCGAGCUGGAAAGCACUUUGGAAGUAAUGGUGGACGACGAGCACAAUGCGAAUGGACAGGAUCUCUCGGAGGAUAUUCAGGGGACUGAUCCCUCACUCAACUGUGACAUUAAGGUGAGUCGGUCUUCCCCGGCAAAUUUAAAUGAGACCAAUGAAACGUGCGUUACAUCCAAACGUAGAAAUGCACGUUAUAGCUCUUCAGAAUCGGGUCAAAUAAUGGAAACCUCCGAAAAUGAAUCUCAAACAAAUGUAACUGGUGCAGAUGCACCGGCGAGUAUAGCCACAGCUAAUACGUCAUCGCAACAUGAUCAAGCUGUGAGCAGCCAUAUUGCGAAUUCGUCACAAUUACCGGACGAGCAGUUCAGCGAUUCUGAAGAACACCAGGUUUCCAGUCCUUAUGAGAAGAAGCAACCAAGGAAUCGACGCCAACCGUGUGAUGGAAACGAGGCAAGCAUUUCGAUUCGUCAGGACAACAGCGCAGUAUCGAUCGGAGUCGUCUGUAAUUUAAAUCAGCCUACCGCAAAUGGGCAAGGCCAAUCAAAACCAGUCGAAAGAAAUCCGACUGAACUGUCACGUGCUGAACAGCGGCUUAUUAAUUUAGCCAGUGAACUGGUUGAAUUCAGGAGCUUAAUCUCGUCUAAAAGAAAAUCCGAGGACGGCUUGGUCGAGCACGCGAGUCUAACGUUGGACAGCGGUGCAGCGGGAACCGAGCAGGGCGAAGGAAGAAAUCAAGGUGUAACGGUGCUUCGAGCAGCCGCAUCUACCGUUAAUAGACUCCAUCAUCCGCCAAAUCUGGGUUCGCAACGAGUGUCUGUCGAAGAGCAUGACAACAGAUACGAAGAAUUCGAUAGAUAUGUGGAAGAGAUAAUCAAGCGCCAUUCCAGUGACUUAUGUCAGGAAUUUAAAGCAAAUGCCCCAACGGACAUUGCGAAGACGUUCGACGACGACGAAGUGACACAAGAACUUGACCAACUUAAGACACAAAGAGAGGAGCGUGUCACUUUGCCCUCUUCCGCAGUCUGUGGGGACGGGAAAUCCGAAACGAACACGACCCAAUGGCCUGCCCCAAAGGCAGAAGAACCGGAUCCAAAGUCUGUAAUAUCGACUGCGGGGGGAUAUACCACUAGUGAGGAAACGGACAGCCCUUGUGAUUCAAGCCCGCGUCAAGACAGGGUGAACAUCGCCUCCUGUAAGACUGGAGCAGCAAGACACUGUUCUUUCGCCUGUGACGAAGAGUGCUGCCACCAAGUUGCGAAAUACAGAUCUGGACACAAGUGUUCAAAUCAUCGCUUCUCACCCGAUGAAGAAACUCGAGAUUUCUGCUGCUGCUGCCUGCGCGACGUGCUUGCCACCUACGUCCGCCAUUUCCUGCAGCUGCUACACUCUCGCGUGACCAAAGAGACCAAGAAGAGGACGAAGACCAGGCGUCGGGACGAGAGCGACCAGGGGCGGGUGAUGGACAGUGACAUCGUCCGCGCACGCGACGCCGUGUUCGGCCGUCUCGGGCUGACCACACCGAUGCUGGAAGUUCUGCUCGAGUUUGACCAACAUCAUCGGGCAAAAUCACGGAGACAGCAAAUCGACCCGGCCCACGUCAGCGAUGACGAAAUCCACCGGUUGCUGGUUACCAUGGGAAUGAGCUGGCACACCAUGAACAACCACUUGCAUGACAACGACUGUGCAUUCAGAAUUGCAAUAGCAACAGUGCACGCUCAAAUGCACCACAUGGACUAGGUGACUGCGUUGUUAAUUUAUUGUUCACACCUGUGCCUCCAAAGGACAGCUGAAAAGUACAUCAUCACAUUACAAAAUACAUUAUGGACAUUAUCCUCCGAACUUAGAGGACUGUGCAAAAGGUAUCCGUUGUCAACACUGAAAAGAAAUGCUCUCAUUCGAGUAAAUGAAUGAGAAACCAUGUAAUUCAUACUGAUUUUUCAUUGUUCAUUUUUCGCACGCCAAUGAAAUUAGAGUGGUCUGGUUUCUUUAAAAUCUUGGAACAGAGAUUACUGAAAUCAAAAUCUGCAACAUUUUUAAAGUACCAUCAAAUUAAUGAUGAUUA